AUCGAUAUAUUGAUAUAUAUUUGACAACCCUAGCAGGCAGCCAUCUUUCUUUCUUUUCCACUUCACGACCGCGUGGACGUUUGAUACGUAAAAGGGAACUACACGCUACAAAAUGACCAACUCAAAGGGCUAUCGUCGCGGAACCCGAGACAUGUUCUCUCGCCCCUUCCGCAAGCAUGGUGUGAUUCCUCUGUCCACAUAUAUGCGCGUGUUCAAGAUUGGAGACAUUGUCGACAUCAAGGGACACGGUGCUGUGCAGAAGGGUCUGCCCUACAAAGCCUACCACGGCAAGACCGGCCGUAUCUUCAAUGUAACGCAACAUGCCGUUGGUGUCAUUGUAAACAAACGUGUGCGCGGCAAGAUCCUAGCCAAGCGCGUUAAUGUGCGCAUCGAGCACAUUCACCACUCAAAGUGCCGUGAAGAUUUCCUGCGUCGCGUGAAGGAGAAUGAGCGUCUGCUCAAGGAUGCCAAGGAGAAGGGACAGUGGGUCACCCUGAAGCGUCAGCCUGAGCAGCCAAAGAAGGCGCAUUUCGUCAAGAAACUGGAGGAGCCCAUCGCCCUGGCACCAAUUCCAUACGAAUUCAUUGCAUAAGCUCAGAAAAACGCUUGUUUUUUGCUAUUUGUGUAGAUCCGUUAAUUGAGUGCAAAAAAUAAUUGAUUUUC